AUGGGGAAUUACUGCGGAAGAGAGACCCCCAGAAGGCUGAACAGGGACAGGCUGAAAGGCUUGCCUGAGGCCGAAAGCAAAAAGUUUGCCCAAGAACAUGCUCAGUACUUCAGGCACUGCUGGUUUCCUCGGAAAGAAGAAAUCCUGAGGCGCGAGCAGUCCCGCAGCCUGUACCGCUUGAGGAGCUCUUACGCUGAGUCUUUAUCAGCAGUGCCAUGGGAACCCCUGGGCGCCCUGCCAGCACGCAAUGACUAUCUGGGCUACAUCCUUGAGCAGGAGGAUGAACGUGUUUACCUAAAGAAACUGUCUCUCCAAAUGUCGUUCUUCCUGGUGGUUAUGCCACAACAUGAAGUGACUGGCUGCCUCAGUGGCAGAUCUGGUAGAAAGCUACUAUCCCUGUCCUUGCUGUGCUCAUUUACCGGUCUGCUGUUCCUUGGCAUAGCAUUUCUUGGGAUUGGAUUGUGGGCAUGGAAUGAAAAGGGAGUGCUGUCCAAUAUCUCCUCCAUCACUGACCUGGGAGGCUUUGAUCCAGUUUGGCUCUUCCUAGUGGUAGGAGGAGUUAUGUUCAUUCUGGGAUUUGCAGGAUGCAUUGGAGCCUUGCGAGAAAACACCUUUCUGCUCAAGUUUUUUUCUGUGUUCCUUGGAAUUAUUUUCUUCUUGGAGCUCACUGCUGGUGUUUUAGCAUUUGUUUUCAAAGACUGGAUCAAGGACCAACUGUAUUUCUUUAUAAACAACAACAUCAGAGCUUACCGAGAUGACAUUGAUUUGCAAAACCUCAUAGACUUUACACAGGAAUAUUGGCAGUGCUGUGGGGCUUUUGGAGCUGAUGACUGGAACCUUAAUAUUUACUUCAACUGCACCGAUUCCAACGCAAGUCGAGAGCGCUGUGGUGUGCCGUUCUCUUGCUGCACUAAAGACCCUGCCGAAGAUGUUAUUAACACUCAGUGUGGCUACGACGCAAGGCAAAAACCAGAAGUUGAUCAGCAGAUUGUUAUCUACACUAAAGGCUGCGUCCCACAGUUUGAGAAGUGGCUGCAGGACAAUCUUACCAUAGUUGCUGGUAUAUUCAUUGGGAUAGCGUUACUGCAGAUAUUUGGGAUAUGCUUAGCCCAGAAUUUGGUUAGUGACAUUGAGGCUGUCAGAGCCAGCUGGUAAAACUGCUGAAAUAACCACAACAAGACACUGGACAACCGAAACCCUCUGAAACCUCCAGUGUGUCGCUCCGACACCAAGCUGUAUGGACAUGGGUGACAGGGAAGCCUUCUCUCCCAAGUCUUAAGUUCCUGAUAUUGCAGUGAACGUGUAUUUCUUUGGUGGGGGUCGGGGAGAGAAGAGUGGGCUGUCUUUAAAAUCUGCUGCUCACUGACGACUUUUUUUUUUUUUUUAUUUUAAACCACCACUUUCAAAGCUGUUGAGCCGUGAAUCUCUACUGUAUUCUUGAUCCUGAGUAACAAGUGGACACUUCUUAAAAUUGGUGUAUUCAGUGGGACAGAGUUGCAUUGUAGUUUGUGGAUAUGCUGUUUAUUCUUUGUGUCAUGAGCUCCUUGAUAGCUGCCAAAUAUUCCUGAGAUGGUCUCUUUCUUCACUGCUCUGUAAAGGAACAAUCUUGUUUUCACAGCUAAAGAUAGCUACUGGCCUAAACCCGUUAAGCAGGAAGCAACUUUCUAUGCAUCUGUUGUACAGUAAAUGAAAUUGUUUUUAAAACAAGGGGAAACUUUUUUUUACACAAGCUUCCAACCAUCUCUCUAGUACUUUGAGGUUGGAAUCGGCAAACUCACAGGGAGAAUUGCCUAAUUUUAUCAACAUCUUUCUUCCUUUCGCUGCCCUUGUAUGAAGGGAAAGGAGUUUUAUAUUUGACAAACGAGGGUUGCAGAGCCUUUGGUUGCUGCCAUACCUUAGGGCAUCAGCCUCUAAAGGCAAAAAUGGGAUAUAACUGUAUAAAAUGUAUGAAAGCAGUGUGGAUGUUGGGUCCAAGUGAGUAAUGUUAUUCAAAGAAUGAACUAUAUAUUAACUUAACGAAAACAAAGCAUAUGUAUCUGAUAUGGCUAAAUCUUUGGUUUCUCUGGAAUUUAGUGUAACCUAAUGUAUUUGGGGAUCUCACUAACAUUAGUGCUUUGAUAUACUUGUGCAAAACAACUUUAAAGGUAUUUCCUUGGUCUGUUCCUAGCUGAGGCUUUGAUCUUUUUGUUUUUUUUUUUUUUUCCUUUAAUUCUUUAUACUUGCAUGAGCUGUGGAGUAAGAAUCUGUGACACUCCAGUGCAUUAAAUUUGUGCAUCUGUUUUAAUAACAGUCUAAUCCAAACCUAUUUAUUAGUAAAUGCAUGUGAUUAUGGAAAGAGCAUAUCCCGUUCCCUUGGAAGUUGGAGAGAACAGCUUUUGCCAGAGUAAAUGCUUACCUUCAGUAAAAAAAAUCCUUGCUAAGCAUGUGUCUCCCUUUGUUGCUCUGAAUGCAACUAAAAGCUUGAAGCAGUGGAAUAAAAGUUUUAAACCAGAUGUUUGGACCAGGAUCAACCAAGACACAGUUGCUUUUGAGUCAGACAAAAGGCAGUAGAAUUUGGAAUAAAGCACAAAUAGUGGAAGAAGACUAGAUCAGACUCCAUCCAGCUUAGUCUGUGAUCCGUUCUUCUUCACAAAUAACGCACAUACACACCUGACCGUGGCUUGGGUAGUUUUAUUGCACUUUGUAUAAAUUUUGCUUAUUGUAGGACCCUUCUCAGUAUCUGUUGACCCAGUCCUGAAAGCUGUGAGCUGCCGGCUCCUGCUUUGGUCGAGCAGGGAUAAAGGGUGCGCAGCACCCUUUUGUUAGAAGUUUAACAUCUUUGUGGAGUGAGCUUCCUAGGAUGAAGUAUGUGGAGCAGGAGAUGAAUACGUUGACUUGUAAACAUGCGAGUCUAUAUACCUGUCCACGUUUUGCCUUUCUGCGCUCUAGUCGGCCAUGUAUUUCCCCUCUGAAGGCUGGUGGUCGGCAUGCCAGUGUCCCACGGACGCCACAGAUAAUCCCGUCACCCUCUUGGCUUUGAGCGUUACCUCAUCCUCCUCUGGUUAACUCCCACUGCCUGACUCUGAAGCAGCGGCCUCCAUAUCCUUUGGUAUCUGCUGUUAAAGGCCAGCCGUGAUUCAGAGGGCUUUUUUUUCUUUUCUUUUCUUUUUUUUUUUUUUUUAAGCCUUUGAAAGCAAUUAUAACUCUCUGUCCUUAAUAAAGUUGGUUCCACCUUACCGCAGUGUUAUGUUUUUCUUAGCCACUCCUCAGCUUGAGGAGUUACCGGUGUUUGUUUUCGCCCCUUGCCCUGCCAAGGGGUGCACGUGUUUUUUUUCUGGUAGCAGCAGGACAGACCAGGAUCGGCAGCACUGAUGCUGCUGUCUUAUAAAAUGGUAUGGGGAGAUGUCAGGAAACCAGGGUUCAGGAAGUAGCCCCUCCACCCAAAAGCCUUGUUUCUGACCCAGCACUUUGAAUUGGAGAGGAAAAAAAAAAAAAGCCUAUGCUACAGAAACGUUCCUUGUUGCCACUGAUCUUGAAUGCUGCUGUGGGCUUCUGAAGAUAGCUUCUGUUUUUCUACUUGAAUUUCUGCAGUUGUGCUGUGUCGGCCUUUUGUCUUGUCACGCUGCUCUCUGGUUCCAGUCCGCUGGAAAUGCUAUUGGCAGGCUCAGGCUGAUAGGAAGGUAAAUCCUCUCGGGGGUGAGGAAGUCUUGUUCUCGCUACUUGCAGGUGCACACACAAAUAUGCAACAUUUCUGCUGAGUCCCGGAAUGACUGGCCUUAUAAAAACCACUAAAUAAGGACUUAUUUUUCUAGAGCUUGUUUUCAUUGCUGCAGAUGCUAAUAUCCCCCUCCCCCUGCAAAGACGCUCUUAUUUUUCUCAUUUUUCACAAUUGUUUGUGAUAGAUGCAUAUUAAAUGUUCGGGAUUAGCUGCCUAUAUUGCAUGUUUGAACCCCACAUUUUUGUCUACAGGCUGGGUAAUGUGCUCUUAGAAAUGCCCAUCUACUCAGCAGCUUAGGUGUCCCGUUUGGAAAACUUGUGGGAGGCCCUGGAAGUUGAUGCGUUACCCCCAGAGCCUACCGAAUGCAAACACGCUUUCUUCCAGAAAACUUUGUGAAAACUUCAGAUGAGCUGCAGCUAGAGCUGCUGGCUGUACAGGCUUAAUCUCUAAAGCAAUAAGAUUCAGCAGGCACCGUAACUUCUGGGCGACUCCUAGCCUGCCGUAGGAGGUGGUAGGGUAGAGACACGCGUAGAGGUCAGUUUAACCAUCUUUCAAGUGCAGUAGUUGUUGAGAAAUGCAUUGUCAGGCUUUUCGCCUGUUGCGGAGCGGGAAGCAGCUGUGUUGGCUGGGCAGUGUGUACGUGAGGCGAUGUUGCUGACCGGUGGGCUGAGGGCUUCAGUGGCGGCUGUGCUCCUAAAGCCGUUUCUGAAUCCCCCGCUGAGCCCUUCAGAAGAGCGCCACGGUCCUUGCUCCUCCAAUUUCCAAAUUCUCUCUGUGUUCACAGGCCUUUCUUACUGUUAGCCUUUUUUGUUUGCUUUUUGACAGCCUAAUGGGCAAAUGCUUGAAUUUCUGUGUGCAAGUGUCUGUUUCAGUAGCAGCAGAGAUCUCUGCUUCAAAAUGCCUCACAUGGAUUGCGACCCUUGAAGCUGUAGGCUGCGUGCUCUCUCCUCAAAGCCCUCUCUCGCCUUGGAGAGAGAGGCUAACUGUCGUCCUGGUGUGUACAUAGUGUUUGAAAUGUAAAUAGUAGCAUGCACGUGAAAUGAUUCUUGCACGUGACUGCUCUUCACCCUCACAGUGUUCAUAUUGAUAUGAAAGAUGUCCGAUGUGAGUGUUUGCAGAUUGCAAUUAAUCGGGGUGGUCAUUCGGGCUUUCCAUCCCUGCGGGGCUGAGCCAGGAGCGCUUUAAUCGCCUGCCAUCUAGCGUCUCCCUAGCCGACUUACAGCUGGCGCCUGCCGAAGGUAAAACCCCUGCUUUCCCGGGGAGCUUGGGUUAGGAGCAGGACCCCCCCCUUGCCUUUUUCCUUCGCUGUCUACUUAGCGUUAGGAAAAGCAUGGGGCUCGAAAACGUGGGGUCAGCGUUAGCGCUCCCUACCAGUUGUGGGAGGUUGCCGGUGCUUGCGGCAGGACUAAACAUGGUGCUAAGAACUGCUACUGUCCUGAACGUUAACCCGCGUUUUUACUGCUUUAGAAGUGCCCUGGGUAAAAUUGCUUUUGAUUAACGAUGAUUGCCAGAGAAAGUCUCAAGUGAAUUUUAAAGUCCAUUUCCCUCCUUGGUGCACGUGCACCUCCUGGGUGCACCGUGAUGGCUACUCUGCAAAUACCUAGGGGAGGGUAUUAGAUCUCGGCAGACGUCGGGAGCUGUGAAGGUUCGAGUUCCUCCCGUCCUGCUUGGUUUCUCUCACUGAAACUUUGAUAUCUGUACUUGAGUCUCAUUGGUCAUGAAACUGUUUAAAGUAAACAGAACGAAAAGCCCCUGCUCGUAUUGUUCCCUCAGUUAGAUCUGUUAAUCACCUAGUUUUGCCAUUUGGGGAAAAUAAUAUCUUUCACACUUAACGUACUGCAUAAAAAUAGGUAGCGGGCACCAAGCAGGUGUUCAGCAGUGCGGCACUGCUAGUUGUCGCUUUUCAUUUCUGCAGUAUGAAUCUGUGAAGAGUAAGCUCCAUCUGUACGUACGUUCAUCUUCGCUCUGUGUACAUAGUAGGGAUGGCUCUGAUGUUACCUUGAGCUCUGGGAGGAUUGGGGUUUGGGUUUUAUGGCUCAGACUCCUCUCGGUAAGUAUGUUCCAGAUUCGUUUUGAGCAGAUCUCUCUCCUUGAAUCACCCUAAGGCGUAAGGAAAGGUGUCGAUAUUUACCUUUUGUGCAUCAUUCCUUUUUAUACGAAUGUAUUCUCUUGUGUUCCUUUUUUUUCUUUUUUAAGAGAGUUGUAAAAUUGAUUGUAAAAGCCAACUACACUUACUGAUUGGAAGUAUUACUAUAACAGAACUGCAUGCCAGUAGAGUUUGACUUGAGCUUUAGUCGUCUGAUUUCAGACUGGUCAUCUUCAGUCUAGAAGAAAAUCAUAGAUCAGGUGCAUAUGUAUUACUUAUACGUGUCAUCUUUAGCAUUAGACUGUGGUAUUGUAUCACAUGCUGGUCUCAAUGGAUGUAACUGGAGCAUACUUGGGAAGUUAAUACAACUUCCUGGUGAUUCAUUUUAAGCUAUUGGAAGUGGUCUUGGUCAUGCUACUUGUGUUCUUGGGUUUUUGUUUUUUAAUAGAUGCAUUUUUUAGGAAUGUUUUAAUACAUUUAUGAUGGACAAUACAAUAGUUUUAAUAGUUGUGCAGUACUCUGUAUUUACUUGAAGUAAAUCAUUUUAUAUGCAAUUUGUUAAUAAUUACAAUUUUAUAAAUAAAAUUGUGUGAAAUA